AUGAUGAUGAUGAUAGAGAUCCCUGAUCAGAAUCAUAAAAGUGUUUAUGCUCUUUACACGCCUGUUCAUGGUUUCUUUUCUGAAAGUCUAUCUGUCCUUCUAUUUUCACCUAGGAGAAGUAGCAGUCAGCGAAAUGGAAAACAUUGUUCAAAAGCUAAUAAUGUAAAAAGAGACGAUGAGGAGAAGCCAACAAAAAAAGUUUUUUCUUUCCUCCUUUGCAUAAAUUUCAGCUCUUGGCUUCACUUCACCAAAGAGGGAAAAUAUGAAUUUAAAUUCCAGUAUUAUGUAGACGAGCUCAGCAGAGAAUUGUUCUCGAGGUUUUUAAGGGGCGAGAAAUGA